AACUGGGAACUUUGCUCGCAUCCUUAAGAAUAUCCUCCUUUUAUAUUGUCCUAAAGGUGUCCCGAUUACGCUUUAGCAUACCAAAGCCUUUUGUUCUUACAAGGUUCCUUUGUUUUUUUUUUGUUUUUAUCGAAUUUUUCUUUUUCCUGAUCGAAGAAAUCGCCGCUGUCCUGCAUAUCCAACUACAUCAUCGCUAAUAAAGGGAUCCAGCCGACCGGAGAAGAAAGGGGUUUGUUUCUUUUUCACUUGUUUCAGAAAGCAUAAAGAAAAUAUGUUAAUUGUCAAGAAAUCUUCAAGAAUUAAGUGUAAGAGAACGAAAAUAGAAAGAAAUGAAAAAGUUCCUAACGGACGCUUCUUUCUAGCUCAUCCUUGCUUCUAUAUAUGAACCAACAAUCAGAGGAAUCCAAGCUGACUUAGCAACACCCUUCCACUUGUUUCUUCAUCCAUAUCCUCCUUUUUUUUUUUCCUGUACCUUCAUUCAUAUUUCAUUCGUAAAUACAACUUUCUUAUCUUUUCUUUUUCUUUUUCUUUUCUUUUU